AUGCCAGUCAAAACCGCAUCCAAAGUCGGCAGAGGCCGCCCAUCACAGUCAACAACAGCCAACCCAAGCUCACCAUCAAGGGCGCGCAAAACUACCGGCACACCGAAGAAGAAACCCGCCGCAAAGCGACCAUCAAAUGUACAACCCGGAGACCCAACCCCAACAGGCCGACGCCGCCGCUACAAGCCCGGCACAGUCGCAUUAAAAGAAAUCCGGCGCUACCAACGCUCCUACGACCUAUUGAUCGCAAAACUUCCAUUUGCCCGCCUAGUCCGUGAAGUCGCACUGGAUUUACUACCCGCAGAACGGGGCUCGGAAAUUCGCUGGCAAUCACACGCUAUUCAGGCGUUGCAGGAAGCUUCCGAGGCGUUUUUAGUGCAUUUGUUUGAAGAUACGAAUCUUUGCGCUAUUCAUGCUAAGCGUGUUACUAUUAUGCAGAAGGAUAUUCAACUUGCGAGGAGAAUUCGGGGGGUUUGGGCUGGUUUGGGGUGA